GUGUGUGUCUGUCUGUCUGUCUGCCUAAUGAGCCGAGAGGAGCAGUGUGUUAACUUAAUAAAUGUUAGUGCCUGAGGGUGGAGUCGACCUAUUCACCCUCUCCUAGGGGACAAAGGCUCUAAAUCCGCCCCGUCUGAAUUGUUCAGCUCACUAACCAGUGCACCACAUACCGGGGAUCUGCAGAAUACUGAUGCUGUACAGGACAAUGUUUCACCACACUUGCCGACUUUCCAACUUUCAUUUGGACUGAUGUCACCAAGAGGAAUCAGGUUACUACAGUACUUACACACUUUGUGUAUUCUUACGUCCUGUACUGCAGAUGUGUGCAACUGGAGAGGAAGUGGUCUGGUGGACUCGCCUCUCUCUGGGUCGGUGCAGCAGGUGCGGCUUCGCUGUGCGGCAGGUUCGGUCACGUGGUUUUCCCCGCGCUUCGCUCUGCGGGUCGUGCUGCAGCCAAACGUGUGGAGCUCGCGCCAUGCGGCCGUGUGCGUUAAAGCACUGCGGGGUUUCCACGGUGCCGCGGUAUUCGUGGAGCGGGCUGCAGGCUUAGACCUCCUGCUGCAGGACGAAGAGUCUCCGGAGCAGGUGCGCUGCUUCCGUGCGCAUAAAGCUCAGAGCGUCGCCAUCUUUCUUCAGGCCAACCCGCAGGGUCACGCAGGUCCGAGUAUUGUCGGGUUCCGGUACGAGAUGCUGCGCGAAGAUAGCAGCUCUACCGAGGUUCAAACAAGCAAAAUAAAAGCAGCCUGUCGACCAUGCAAUGACUCUGAGAUACUGAAAGCCAUCUGCAGCAGUGACUUUGUGGUCCGUGGCUCGAUAAGGAACGUAACCCAUGAUUCGGAGAGGCAGACCUCUGUGGUAGAGGUACAGAAAGGCAGGGUGUAUCGGCAACGGAGUGGAGUCUUUGGGAGAGAGCCAAACCACUCGGGCUCUUGGCAUGGGUACAUUCAUACACUUCUGCAGUGCGGCGUUAAAGCAGGAGCUGGUCAGUUUCUUUUCACCGGAGCUGAACUCUUUGGGGAGGCUUGGCUUGGCUGUGCUCCUCGAUUUAAAGACUUCCAGAUCCUCUAUCAUUCAGCCAAGAGGGCGCAUCAUAUGCCAUGUGAUUUUUCCUUAGACUGAGGAGAAGUUCUUGAAAGAUUUUCUGUAAUAGUAAUUUAGUUAAUGUUCAAGGCCAUUUGAGGAGAAAUUGCCACUUGAAGCAGACCAAAGGCAUGACAUGAUAGAUCGGUUUUUGCUCUUUUUCUAUUCUUUAAAGCAAAGCUUAUUUUUUGUGUUAAAGCAAGAGCUUUGUUACUCAGACGUUCUUUAUGUGACCCCAUUCACUAACCUUUUCAAAGAGCUAUUCAAAGUUUAAACAGAAUACCAUCACUGCCAAUUGUGGUACAUCAUUUAAAAUGUCUUGGUGUGGGGGUUCAUCUCUGUGUGUGCAUACCUAAAUGUUUCUGAGAUAAUAUUUAACAUAGUGUUAAUAUGCAGAUGUUUUUAGCCAGUUUUGCAGUUUGGCAAGAAUAUAUAGGCUUUACCUAUUUCCACUGACAUUACUGAACGUGCUAUUCCAUUAUUAUGGUUGUAAACAGGGUAUAAAUGUUAUAAUUGAACAUGGAGAUUGGAGAUUUGUGAAUAUUCGUGUAUUAUAAAGUAGACACAUUUGAUUAUAUGGUUUUGCUUUUGUAAUUAUUUGUAAUACAGUUGUUGUUUAUAUUGUU